AUGGACGCUUUGUCACUACUUGGACCACCAACUUCUAAACAACUCACACAAGACGAGUUCGACUUGAGAUACAGCUUUGUCAGCAGUGAGUCUCAACCACGUGAGGAAACAAAGUCGACAAUUCAAUGGAUUGGAGACUCACUUCGAGAGCAGGCUUACUGUAGCCGAAACAGGUUAUUCGAUGUUUUCCCAUCGCUUCGUUGGCUUACAAGAUACGGUCUAAAAAGCGAUUUCCCAAGAGAUAUGCUGGGAUCGCUUCUGAUAGCAUCACUUCUUUUACCGCACGGUCUUGUAUCCGGUCAUUUGGCUAUCGAUGAUCCAGUGAAAGGUCUUUAUGCGAUUUUCUUCCCGCAAUUGCUUUAUAUUCUUCUCGGAUCUUCGCGACACUCGUCAAUUGGCGGGAUUUCAUUUGUCUCUUUGCUAGUUGCUUCCUCUUUAAGUAAUUCGAAUUCUGAUGUCGCCACGAUUACGCUACUUUCUUCUUUCUUUCAUAUAAUUCUGUGGGCAAUGCCACCUAAUUGGGUUCUUCCACUCAUCCCCGAUUUCCUUCUCAAUGGCGCUUAUCUGGGGCUGCUGAUUCGCCUCGUUUUCACCCAAAUCCCCCACUUUAUCGUUUUCAAAGACCCACACUGUCAACAACAGCUCAGUGAAUGGUGUCUUCGGUGGGUGUGGAGAUGUUUCGGCUCGGUGGAUCCAUGGACUGGUCUCCUCUCAUUAUGCACUCUUCUCCUCUCGGCUCUCAUCCAUCAUGUCAUCAAUCCAGCGGCGCUUGAUCGGCUCCAAUUCACUCUCCCACACGAACUCUUUUUGAUCCUAAUCAGCAUCUUGCUCUCCUACGUCUUCGAUUUCGAAAUUCAAGGCAUUGCGGUGUUGUCAAAGGAAAAGAUCGCAAAAACCCCAUCCGUCGAAGUCCCACACCUCUUCACAAAUCUCGGAAACUCUUUACUUGACUCAAUCUCGAUCUCUCUUUUUCUCCUCGCUUCCCACCUGAAAACAACUCGAGCAGUGGCCAUGGAGAAAAUGCAUAAAGUUGAUCGAAAGCAGGAAGCUGCUGCUUUUGCUCUAAUAGAGUUUCCGCUGUCUUUUCUGGGUUUUCCACCAGUAGCCACUUCGAUUGGUCAUUCUCAAAUCAACGUUGAAACAGCAAGAUUCUCAUUGGUGGCCAAUACACUUGCUUGUGGCUGGUUGAUGGUUUUCAUCGUUUUCUGUCUUCCGAUUUUAGAAUAUCUACCAAAAGCAGUACUUGGCGGGAUCUUGGUGCUUUCCUUUCCAGCGAUUCCAUGCGAGAUCUUGCAUCUUCGUCGAGUUUACAAGAUUUCGAAACAAGAUUGUAUUUGCUACAUUCUGACAGCGCUUUCGUUGUUGUUGACACCGAAUUUGUGUCGGGGUUUCUUAUUUGCAAUCGGUCUCAACAUCUUCCUAGCAGCACAUCGAAUAUUUUGGCCAGAAAGAUGGGCUUUAGCUAGAUUGGAUGGUGAUGGGCGAUUUGCUGAAGAAAGCAGGUACGAGGGUGAACCCUGCGAUGCUCCGGCUCGAAUUCUUCGUUUCAACGCACCAUUGAUUUUUGGCAACACUGAUUUAUUCCAUGACGCUGUUCACGAGCAGGUGAAACUGAUAAAAGGACAAGUGCCACUGGGCAUUGGAACGAGAACGGGCAGUUUGCGGAGUCAAGUGGGUGUAAUGGGUGAUUGUUUCCCGAUCGGUCCACACAAAGCGGUGGAGGUUCGACUCUCAGCUCCGCUUGAGGCACGCUUAUCAUUGGCUCAAAGUAAAACAAAUCUCACAAAUUUUGUCAUCAACGAUCCAUCGAUGAUUAUACAAGGUGAUCAGCCAUUAAUCCGUUGUCUUAUCGUCGAUUUCUCCGCGAUUUCAGCCGUUGAUACAACUGGAAUGUACAUUCUCAAUCAAGUUUAUUUCGAGCUUCACGAAGAUAACGUGAAAUUUCUGUUUGCUGCUGUGAAUGCCAACGUACGAGACUCAAUGCAAGCGGCUGGGUUGUUCUCAUUGUUACCGAGAAAUUGUUUCUAUCCAACGCUGAAUGACGCGGUGUUAGCCACUCGAGCGAUGGUCAUGCCAAUUCAUACCAGUGUUUCUUUGAAUGGUUGCCGAGAUGUGAUCGCUGUUUCGGCUUGUGGCUCACACUUUGAUGUGGCCACGAUUGGUACAAAUCGUGACAACGACUCGAAAGGCGAACCAGCUCAAGUC